CACACACACCCCCCCCCCCCCCACACACACACACACACACACACACACACACACACACACUGCCGGAUCUUUGCUGGGAAUCGUAGCACCAGGGGGACGCAAUGUUGGUCAAACUGGCCGUGGCGCUGCUGGUUUUGUCAGCGCUGGAGCAAGUGGUGGGAUCGGAUAAUAUAGAUAUCCACGACAGCCUCCCGGAGAAGCCUGCGAGCCAGAAAGGACGCCUCUCCCUGCAGAAUACAGCUGAGAUCCAGCACUGCCUGGUGAGUGCAGGGGAUGUCGGCUGUGGUGUGUUUGAGUGCUUUGAGAAUAACUCCUGCGAGAUACGAGGGCUGCAGGAAAUCUGCAUGACGUUCCUGCACAACGCUGGCAAAUUUGACUCUCAGGGGAAAUCCUUCAUCAAGGAUGCUCUGAAAUGUAUGGCACAUGGGCUACGGCACAAGUUCAGCUGCAUCAGCAGGAAGUGUGUGUCCAUUAAAGAGAUGGUGUUCCAGCUCCAGAGAGAGUGUUAUAUCAAACAUAACCUGUGCUCUGCGGCUAAGGACAAUGUGGCCGUCAUGGUGGAGAUGAUCCAUUUUCAAGAUCUCUUUCCUAAAGGCCCAUACGUGGAGCUUGUGAAUAUUCUCCUGAAUUGCGGAGAGGAGGUGAAGGAGGCAUUGACACGGAGUGUGCGGCUACAGUGCGAGCAGAACUGGGGGGCUUUGUGUGAUAGCCUGAGCCUCUGCUCCUCCCUGGCCCCUUCUCCAGCCGGCGCCGCCGUGGAACACCACCGCCAUCCCUUGACCUCCCACCCUGAGCCGGAGCACCCUCGCCCUCCACGGCAAGGCGAAAAGGACAAACCGGCUAAAGCGGCCUUCAUUGCUCACCCACGCAAUCGCAGUCAGGACCCCCGCCGCCAGAGCCCAGAGGCCGGACUCGUGGCUGAGCAGGAAGACCCCGAGGCCACCGACCUCCGGAGGUGAAAGCGCAGGAGACUGUCCCGACCUUUGAUCCCAUACAACGUUUAAAACCACGCUUGCAGACUUAUGCACAUCUCCACACACACACACACACACACACACACACACACACACACACACACACACACACACACACACACACACACACACACACACACACACACACACACACAAACACACACACACACACACACACACACACACACACAUACACACACACACACAAAUUCCCAGACAGACUGAGCAGAAGGAAACAAGCCCCGACCUUUUCCUGUCCUUAUUCCGCCCUCUCCAGUCAUUCCAGCAGUCCGACAUGGUAAACUUGCAGGGUAAUUGUGGUGUAGCUUGUACUGUUAUGCCAGACUGUAGGCCACCAUUUUUUAGAAAUUGAAUAAUAAUUGUAAUUAUCAUGAUUAUUUCAUCUGUUAGGACUAUUUUGGCUCUAAUAUAGCAUUUCUCAAAUCAUACUUACUGUAAGGUUUGAUUAUAUUUGUAUUAUUUAUUUUAUUCUGUAUGCAAUGUUGAAGUAUCAAAAUGUACAUAGAAAUAUACCUAUCUAUAUUUAUAUAAACAUGUAUAAAUAUAGUUACAAUAUGCAAUACUGAUGUACUAUAGAUAACAUAGUAUGGCGUGCUGUCUGUCGUUCUCUUCACAGUAUUGCACCCAUCACACAUUGGUCUGUAGAUAUGUAACAUACACCAUUUGUUGUUUCAAAAGUGGGAAUGUGUAUUAUAAUUAUAGAUACUUGAUGAUUAAAUACAAAAUUGUACAGGUUUCAAGUCCAGUUCUGGCACAUAUGAAUUGUAGUGCAUGAUGGCCACGAAGCCAACAAACUUGUGCAAGUGAAAAUCCACUCUAAAGAGGAUGCACAUGUAAUACUAUGAAUAUGGACAUUUCACACUUGUAUGUAUUGAUAAGUCUCUCACAAAGCUAAUAAUAAGAGAGCCAACACUAAUCUCUGAUGUCAUCCAGCACUGCUGUCUGGACAGCAAUGAAUGCCAUUCAUUGUUAAUGUAGCUUCAGAAACAGGGCCCUGGUGACAUUACAGAUUACUUUCAUGUUUAUUCUUUCAGGAGACAUUAUUGUUCUUUUCCACAAACAAGAAUUUAACUGACAUAUCUUAUGCAUUCUCUUUGAGUUGGUUUUCCAUCUAGCUGUUGGUGAACUGCAGCAAAGAGAGGGUGUUCAAUCAAGUCCUUUUCAAAUGUAAAAUCACACACAUCAAGGUGCCUAAACUUGUUAUUGUCCACAGUGAUCGCUUCUCUGUGAUUUAAGUGAAUGGAUGAUACUGUGUCAUGGGGAGAUUUAAUGUUGAAGCUAUUUAACGAUGAUGUUGAGCCACAGAAGUCUUAGAUUUUGCACUUUGGAUGAUUGUCAGUCCGUGUUGGACCGCUGCAGGUUAAGAAAUAAGACCGGGUUUCCAGAGCAGUCGCCCUCUAAUCAGACCUUACUGUAUAAGAUAUGUCAUUUUAUCAACCCUGGUUUCCUUAUCAACUCAAGCACCAAGCCUCUAACCCCACAUGCCCCUUAGGACCAGAUUCAGCCCCUUCUUCAGAAGAUCAAUGUCAUUUUUUGAGGUGUCCGAUUCGGCAGGAAUGAGGCCUGAAAAAACCCCUCCAGAUCUCCGGACCCUCUAAUUUAUCCCUUAUCCCUCUCUGGUCCCAUACCUAGGUCAGGAGAGACAUGAAGGCCUGUUAUUCUACCCGUUAGAGCCGCAGGCAACGCAGCAAGGAACCAGGAACUGGGUUAAGUCCACACACGGGGGCUCUGGCGUUGUUAUUCUAAAUGUUAUAUUUACCGAGGCCACCAGAGAAUUCCUCUGGGCAACAGCCAAGAGCGAGCAACUCGUAGAGGCAGAGGAGUGCAGCAAAAAGGAGACUUUUUUUAUGUGAUGAUUCACUCCAUCUUUACUUCUCCUAGUACUCUUCUUCUCUCCCUGCUUUAAGUCAUAGAUAGUUAUUUUGUUCAUUUCAGGCCAGUCUCACUAUAUAAGCUGGGGAAGUGCAGCUUGUGAGCACAUUACACCACAUGCCGGGGAGCGAUUGGUGCAUAAAAAGAAACUAAAACCUGCACAGACUUUGUGGCUCAGUUUUUUUUCUACUUUUUUUUCCUGAUGUACUUACAUUAAGGUUAUUUCCUCCCAAUCCUUUAGAGAGUAUUAUAAGCUCUGAGGAUUUUAAUCAUCAGUGAGGCUUUCAGGCUUUUCUUUUUUUAUUGGAAGUUGGGAUUCCUGUGAUAUCCCAGCAUGAGAAAUAAGCUAAUCCUAUUGAGAAUGUACUGUAUGUGUGUGUAAAGUGACAAUCUGUUCAGCUCUGUCAUUAGGUUUGAUAUGGCUUUUUGUAAUAAUGUAGUGGCUUGAAUGGCUUUUUCUUUAUGUGUUCAGAGGAAAUAAAACUAACCACGUUUCCGGUAUUGUUAGCGCUCCAUCACUCCAUCACUACAUGUUUUCCUCCGUUAAGCACAAGGACUCUUUUUCCAUGGCUGGAAAUACAGAAAAUGGUCUAGAAGUUUGUAACUCACCUAAGACAUUGGGUAUAUGAUCUUAAAAAUAUCUAUGGACUCAUGAAGUCAGAUGUAUCUUGUUAUCAUUAAAAUAUUUUUGUCUGUA